AUGGCCUUUGCGUUUCGAUGCCUGCAAUUUCUGUUGCCGGUUCUACCGGUGUUGGCCACUCUCGAUGCCGGAGAGAGCCUGGAAAGCACUACAUUAUUGGAGCUCCGCAAACGUUCCGUGAAGCGGCCUUUGCUGGUGAUCCAUGCUGGGCUACACAAAACAGGCACCACCUCCUUGCAGCUGUCCAUGAAUACCUGCAAUGACUGGGCAGGCACUGUGGGAGUAACUUCUUUGGUCUUGGAAGGACAGCCGAAGAAGGUGAAUCACAACUUCCUGGUACACUUCGCAGACUCUCUUGGUUGGGAGUUGCCCCUCUACAAGGAGACGCUGGAGCUCCGCAACGAAAGUGCCUACCUCCGGACCUGGGAGAAGUUGCGGGCCUGCGAAGAGCGGCAUUUCGCUGGCCUGGCGCCCUGCCGGGCUUUGCUGUCCUCGGAGCUCUUCACGGAGGCCCAAGUCCCGGUUUGGCAGUCCCUCUUCGAGAAGUUGCCCAAAUGGGAGGUGCGCGUUCUGAUUUUCCACCGCUACUACCCGGCUUGGCUGCUGUCCCUCUAUGGAGAGUACCAGAGGGACUACAUGGUGGACACAGCUCACAAUCCCAUGUCCCUGCUGGAGUUUGCGCUGGAGGGACCCGGUGCUCAGCUGUCUCCACGUCGCACCCUUGAACGGAUCCAAGAAGCCUUCAGCGUCUGCAAGGGUGGGGACAGUGCCCAGUGCAGUGUGCAAGGUGCUUCUUACGACAUCUUCCAACAUCAAGGCUACGACCAGUACGAGUACCUGGUCCUUAACGUGACUCUCGAUCUCCAAGGCAAAGACUUCCAAGCGGCCAAUCGAAGCUUGUGGGAGGGUUGCCCACAGCGUGUCCUGACGCACGCAUCGCCACCCAACCUGACCCUGGCUGUUGACAUCGUCCGCCUUCUGAAGAAUUCUCAUCAAGCUCGAGGGUGCACAUCCCAAUUUCUGCUGUCUGCCUCGAACCCGGAAGUCCUGGAGCUUGCAAACAAGGAGAUCUUGCCGGUGACCUGCAUGGAUAUCGGGAAUCUGCUUGCGGACGACUCCGCCAGGUGGUUUGAAAACGCGCAUUUGACACCCCCCACCUACCACAAGGACUCCCAGUUCUGUCAGAUCAAGCAACAGGCACUUACGCCCGAACAUUGGAGAGUGAUGCACGCGCUGACUUCGGCAUGCAACGAUGGAUCAGACAUGCGGAUCGCGAAGGAAAAGAGCACUGGUGAGCAGGGUGAGCAGCAUGCAUCCCAGGCCCCGGCGGCCUCAAAGGCCUCCCACGCGUGGCUGAAAGCAAGCCCGAGCAUUGCGAGCAUUGGUGACCUCAGCCGAGCUUCUCACUUGGCAACAGAGGUGGAUGCUGGGCGGAGCUUCUUUGUGCAAAGCCCAGUGCACCGAGAGGCCGAGAGUCCUGCGGACAGCUGGCAGGCAAUGCUCAGUGAACAGGCUUCUUCGGGUGCCUCUGUGGGCACCUUCAGCACACUUGGCAGUCGCACAUCGCCGCCGGCCUCGGGGUCUGGAGCUUUACCGGAUGGUUUCCUCUUUAGUGGCAAAGACCAUGGCGAUGGCGCCUCUGAGGGCGCCUCUGAAGCUGUGGCUUUCUCCGAGCGCGGCUUCAGUGUGCCAGUGCUCUCGGAGAAUCCUCCGACUCUGACGGCCGCUGAAAGCACUCCAAGGACUUUGCCAGGUGACAAAGAGACCCUCUUUGGUGAGGCCGUGGAGGGCUCGCAGAAUGACCUCGUUCUCAGUGCAAGCUCGGGCUCUGGUCUUGAGGGUCUCUUUGGCGAGGGCAGUAGCCAGUUACAGAUCAGCAGCUACGUAAGUGGAUACGAUGGCUUCGACUCCCGGGAUCUCAAAAAUGUGAAGCAAGUGCAGCUCCCUCAGGCACGCGGCCUCAACGAAUACGAGAAGCCCGGAGCCCAGCAAGCCCCGAAAGCCUGGAAAGCCAAACCGAAGAAGGAGGCCGAGCCGAAGGCCGAGAAGGCCGAAAAGGCAAGGCCAAGGCCCAUCAUGGCCACUCACUCCACUCACUCCACUCACCCAGCCGCCUCCUUUUCACGGCCGUCAGAGGCUUUAGGUCACACAGGCACUGCGCAGCACAAAGAGCACAACGAGUUGCUGGAUCGUUUGGACGGCAUCCCCCAACAGAAGCCGGGCCUGAAGGGGAUGGCCGGCGUUUUCAGCGAUGAGGCGGCUCGUCCAGUUGUCCGAGUUAUGGCAGCCAACUGA